AAAAAGGAAAAGGUAAUAAGCCCUGCGCGUAGAGGACAUAACAGCUAGCCUUCUUAGAUAGCCGUUGAAACCGGAGAGAGUGGUGUUUCCGAGCAGCGUUUCAAUGGCGUUUCUGUUUCAGAAGUUCCAAGAGGGUGUGAAAACUCUUGCUAAGAGUUCCACGUUUGCUAGAGAUCCAAGGCACCUCCAAUUUGAAGCAGACAUGAACCGUCUCUUCCUUUAUACCAGCUAUAAUCGCCUAGGGAAGGAUGCUGAAGAAGCAGACGCAGAAGUGAUAAUUGACAUGGCAACAAAAGCUCCCUUUGCUGAUCAGCAGAAGCAAAUACAAGAAAACAUUCAUACUCAAGUCAAAGGCUUCUGUACAUCAAUGGAUGGGAUUCUUCUUCCCAAUUUCGACAAGAAAAAGGAGGCUCAUAAUUUGCCCCUGGAAACAACUACUGCUCCUUCCCGUAGUGGCCUUAGUCUUGCCAUUGGCCGAAGUGAAGCACCUAAAAACCACAUUGGUGUGCCUGAGACAAAGCCGCUGUCUUUUGCUGAGGUCUCGCAGAGUUUGAAAGAUCACUUAGGCUACACUCUGGAUCUCAAGAAAUCUCAAAUCUCCCACAAAGAAGCUGGCCAAGGAUUAUUCUUAAGUGGGGAAGCCACUGUUGGUGCUGUCGUGGCUUUUUACCCUGGUGUACUAUACUCCCCAGCUUAUUACCGUUGUAUUCCUGGAUACCCAAAGGUUGAUGCACGCAACUCAUACUUGAUCACAAGGUAUGAUGGGGUUGUGAUAAAUGCCCAACCAUGGGGUACAGGUGGUGAAUGCCGUGAAGUAUGGAAUGGGUUAGGUGUCUACAAAACCAGGUCUGAUAUGGGGGAGGAUACAGUUAAAGGUUCGGACCGCUUUUGGAAACUACUUAGCAAGCCUUUGAAAGGUGGACAGGGAGAAAAUGGCAGUGAAGUAUUAGAGCGGCGUAACCCCUUAGCAUUGGGCCAUUUUGCUAACCAUCCAGCAAAGGGAAUGUCCCCUAACGUAAUGGUCUGCCCAUAUGAUUUCCCAGUUACUGACACAGCCAUGAGAGCCUAUAUCCCGAAUACUUCAUUUGGUAACGAGGAGCAAGUGAAGAUGAAGAGGUUCGGUAGCUUUUGGUUUAAAUAUGGGUCCUCAGUUAACAGUGAUUCAAACGUUCCUAUUGUGAAGACUCUUGUUCUGGUGGCGACUAGGACACUGUGUGAUGAAGAGAUACUCUUGAAUUAUCGGUUGAGCAACACCAAGCGGCGGCCUGCAUGGUAUACCCCCGUGGAUGAGGAGGAAGACCGGAGGAGAUGGAGCUAGAUGUUGCAGGCUCUCAUUUGUCAGCACAAGAUAUUCAAGAUUGCUAUUAUGGUCAGUUGCAUGCUCUUUUGCUCAUAUCCAAGUGGUGCUGUGGGCUUCUACUCCAAUUUAUUCACUUGACUCUUACAUCUUAUUA